AUGGUGGGGUUUUUAGAAAUUGGAUUUGCUCUCAUAGUUGGAUUAAGUUUUGCUUUUCUUCUUCUUGUAUUCUCAUUGUUUACAAGACAAGAUCCUCCAAACACACCUCAUGGAAGCAUGGGAUGGCCUUUUUGUGGUGAAACUCUUGGAUUUCUCAAGCCUCAUACAUCAUAUUCCUUGGGUUCCUUCUUACAACAACACAUAUCUAGGUAUGGAAAAGUUUUCAAAUCCCAUUUGUUUGGUUACCCAACAAUAGUUUCAUGUGAUUAUGAGCUCAACACAUUCAUUCUCCAAAACGAAGAGAAAUUAUUUGAAUCAAGCUAUCCCAAGUCCUUGACUGGAGUUGUUGGAGAACUCUCCCUGCUAAUCGCGACUGGGGAUACGCACAAGAAGCUAAGGAAUACCAUCGUCAACUUCAUUGUGACAACGAAAUCCAGGCCGGAUUUCCUUCAUUCUCUAGAGAACCUAUCCAUCUCAACAAUGGAAUCAUUCAAGAGAUGUAAACAAGUUUCGUUCUUGAAAGAAGUUAAAAAGUUCACAUUCAAUCUUAUAGUGAAGCACCUAUUGAGUAUUGAACCAGAAGACCCAAUGUCCCUAAGUAUGCUACAGGAUUUUGAGACUUAUAUGCAUGGAUUUGUGUCUUUUCCACUCAAUAUUGCAGGCACUGCUUAUGCCAAAGCUGUCAAGGCUAGAGCAAGGCUGUCUUCCUUUCUUAAAGGCAUGAUAAAGGAAAGGCAGAAGAGGGAUCCAGGGCUUAAAUAUGAUCAAGACUUUCUAGAUGUGAUGAUGAGGAAUUGGAGUCUAAGUGAAGAAGAGACAGUGAGCGUUGCAUUGGACAUUUUGCUUGGUGGAUAUGAAACAACAGCAAAACUCAUGUCAUUAGUUGUCUACUUUCUUGGAAAAUCCCCUCACCAUUUCCAUAAAUUUAAGGAAGAGCACAAAGCAAUUAGGGAAAACAAAUCGGCCGGUGAAGUCUUGAAUUGGGACGAUUAUCUGAAAAUGGAGUUCACACAGAAGGUUAUCUAUGAAAGUAUGAGAUGCGGGAACAUAGUCAAAUUCUUGCACCGGAAAGCUAUUAAGGAUGUCAAAUACAAAGAUUAUGUGAUUCCCUCUGGUUGGAAGGUUCUUCCCAUGUUAAGUGGCCCACAUUUGGAUCCAUUGCUUCAUGAAAAUCCACUUGACUUUAAUCCCACCAGAUGGAAUGAUCAAACAAUGGGGAGAAAGGUUCUGCCUUUUGGUGGUGGACCAAGGCACUGUCCAGGUUCAGAACUUGCCAAACUAGAGAUUGCUUUCUUCCUUCAUCACUUUGUCCUCAAUUUUAGGUGGAAACAAAAGGCAGAUGACAUCCCGAUUGCCUACCCUUUUGUGGAAUUCAGAAGUGGUUUGCUAUUGGAGAUUGAGUCAACAGAAUAGGGAAUGUUCAAGACAUGAAUGCUCUGUUUGUUUGGAGGAAAACUAACAUCUCAUGAAAAAUAUAUCUCAAGGAAAUAAUUAUCAUGGAAAAACAAUUAGUUUCUAGUGUUUCGACAAAAAAAUUACUAUUGUUUUCUAUUGUUUGUUUGGUAGAAAACAUAAAUUUGAGGUACAACAUUAUUAUUUUCUUGUGAUGA